UUCAAAUCUGCCAAAACACAACACUAACCAAUAGAAAUUAAAAUUCUGAAGGAAUUUAUAAACAAAACGUUUAAAUAAAGCUUUUUAGCUCAACCAAAUCCAUGUGUUAAUAUGACUCACAGCUGCUCUCAAUGUGACUUCACAGCGGAGUUCGCGAGCUCGCUGACGAUGCAUCAUCAGCUGCACCACGACGCGCCGUGUCGUGAUGAUGAUGACGUGUGUGCGAAGAAAACACCCCUACUGGUGCAGGAUAAAUCCAGGACACUCCCUUGCAGGGGAUUUGAUGACCAUAAGGAAGAAAUACAAAAAGAUAAAAAAUUGUCUUUGGGCCGCACAAAUUCAGCGACGAGGAUGUUUGAUCGCAUCCGCGCGAAGAUCUGCAGAAGUAAGCCGAGCCUGUUGCCCCAUCCCGAAGAGGAAUCCAACAAAAACAAGGGCUUUGGGUUGAAACAGGAUCUCACACCCAGUCUGCCGGUCAGCAAGCCUUGCACCUCGCAGUAUUUCAACGUGGACACCCAGGUCGACUGCUCGGAACCCAACCCCUGUGGCGAAACGUUUGCGUGUCACUUGUGUGACUUUGUGGCUGACAGAAUAACAGUGUUAGACCGUCAUUUACUAAACGACCACAAGAUCGGCCUUGACAACCUUUUACAGCUGGUGAUGGCGAAGACCAAAGACGGUCUCACAGAGCAAAAAGUCUUAAGAACCAACGAAUUCCACAUACAGCAACCUUAUUACAAGGCAGUAGACGAGAUAAUCGAAGACGGAGAGUUUGUAGUUGAGACAGUCCAGCCUAAAGUAAAGAUACUUCGUCAUGUAGCUACUAAUACUGAAAUGACACUGAAAGAUUUUCAGAAAGCGAAUUGUGACAGUUUGGACAAAAAUUUGGGUAGGAUGAUGGAGUUGAAAGCUAGCAAUGGUGAAGAUGAGGACUUUGUGGAGAAGAUGAAGAAUUUGAACGACUGUAUGAGCAAGUUUAUUUAUUCGUCGAAUUCACUGAAGCGGGCGCUCGAGUCAAAGUCAAAUAUCCACGAAAAUCAGAGCUGUGAGGCCGCUAUGUUGUAUGAUUUGGGUAUGGGCGAUGAAACUCCUCGGGACUGGGAGAAAAUGCUCAGCGAUAAGACCGACCGACGGCGCUCGCUGCAUCAUCAACAACACUUCCGGAACACGAAGUCCAAACUGGGAUCAGACAGUUUCUACUAUAGUUAGAUUAUAAAAUUGUUAAAAUUAAGGUCGUCAUUAAUAAUUUAUGUGUAUUAUUUACAUGAAAACAAAUAAAUAUGUUUGUAUGUU